AUGAAAAACGUAACCGAUUCUUUCGUUUCUUUGGGCCACUGGCCAUCUGCCGGGAGUUUCGGGUUUAAUACCGAUAUUUUAGCAACAAAUCCAAUAAAUCUAAGUGUAGUGCUUGGUGUAUUGAUUUUUUUUGGAAAGGGAGUGUCAUUAAGUGAUUUAUUAGAUAAUCGAAAACAGAGGAUCUUGAAUACUAUUCGAAAUUCAGAAGAACUGCGUGGGGGGGCUAUUGAACAACUCGAAAAAGCUCGUUCUCGUUUACGGAAAGUAGAAACCGAAGCCGAGCAGUUUCGAGUGAAUGGAUACUCCGAGAUAGAACGAGAAAAAUUGAAUUUGAUUAAUUCAACUUAUAAAACUUUGGAACAAUUAGAAAAUUACAAAAACGAAACGAUUCAGUUUGAACAGCAAAGGGCGAUUAAUCAAGUCCGACAACGGGUUUUCCAACAAGCCUUACGAGGAGCUCUAGGAACUCUGAAUAGUUGUUUGAAUAACGAGUUACAUUUACGUACCAUUAGUGCCAAUAUUGGCAUGUUGGGAACAAUGAAAGAAAUAACUGAUUAG